AUGGGAAAACUGAGAACGGAGGCCACUGAGUUUGAGAAUGGUGGUGUACUGCAGGCUGGAUAUGGAACUUUGUUGGUGUACUACAUAGGCUGGGGUAUUCGAUUGUGGGUGUUCACUUCCAUUUUAGACCUGAAAGCCUGCAGCUGGCAACCGUGGAUUUAUAAUGAGAGAAGGGCCUGCAUUCUGAGGCAUUGGCUUUCUGGUUUGGUACACCAGUCAACACUCGAUUUUCCUGGGCAUAAGGCAGCAAAUCUGACUGCACUUUGUUUUGGGGAAGUGGAGGAAGUCCAGGAAGAGUCUGAGCACUUUGCAUGA